AUGGACCCCCGCCCGCUCACCUGGGCCCUGGUGCUGCUGGGCCCGGCUCUGGCGCUCAUUCUGGGCUCGGCGCCCGCUCCGGAAGCACGGGAGAAGCUGUGUGGCCACCACUUCGUGCGCGCGCUGGUGCGGUUGUGCGGGGGCCCGCGCUGGUCCUCCGAAGACGGGCGGCGGGUGGCUGGCGGCGACCGUGAGCUGCUGCAGCGGCUGGAAGGACGACAUCUCCAUGGGCUGGUGGCUGAAGGGGACCCCAUGCUGGUUCUCAUUCCACAGCCCCUGCCCCAGGCCUCUCGCCAUCACCACCGCCGGCGGGCGGCGGCCAUCAACCCUGCCCACCACUGCUGCCUCAGCGGCUGCACCCAGCAGGACCUGCUGACCCUGUGUCCUCACUGA